AUGAUUGGACUACAGAGUGACACUGGGCACCUGGCUCGCUAUGGGCCUAGCGAAGCCCGAGACGAUACAAGUGCUGGCUACUUCUCAAAGCUCCCUCGUGAUGCACCAGACGUUAUAAUUAAGAGCACCGUUGCGGUUAAGGACCCUGCUCGAAUUUUCUUGCGGCACAGAGAGGAACGCCAGCGUAAUUUCUAUCUGCUUGUGAGAAAGUAUAAACGCCAGCUUCUUUACGGAUGCCAAACGCCUGACUGUAAUACACCAACUUGUUGCAGCUAUAGGAAAAGAACCUCAACAGCUCCGUUCCGAAAUUAUACCGAUCUAACUGCGCGAACGCUCGCUUGUUAUCUGUCUAGUCAAAGCAACCCAGAAAAUGGUCUUUGCCCCAACCUUGUAGAAGCCGACUCGGAAUGCUUCACGCACAAGAAUGCGCGCCUGACAACUGGCCCCCAUUUCGUUUCAAAGUCGAUAGUUUCUCCUGGAAAUGAUCAUCACAGAAACUCUUCGAGCCUACCCACGAGAUGUUCUACGGUCGAGAACCAUGAGAAUUCGUCUUCGCCUCUGAUAGAACCUACUCAUUCAAAGGGCUAUUUAGAUCAGCCUUAUGGAAAAAUCCCGCGUCCAAAAGGCCGAAAAGACCCAAGGUCAAUUUCUCAGAAUCUGUUCGAUACCCUGCCUGUUCGAAUGAUGGAGUGCCUACCUAUGAAAAAAGCUGCACGCACAUGUGAGAGAGGAUCGCCAGAAUGGAAAGAACAAAAUGUACCACAUAAAUCACGCCAUGACCGAUCCUGUGAGUUGAAUAUACGAAGGGGGAAUAAACCGCCAAAAUCAAAUGAGCCUUGCUCGACAAUCUACUCGUGUAGCAGAAUAGGGAUGGACACAUCAACUUCAACUCCGAUUUCCGCAGUAAUUUCCCCACUUAGGUCGGCGAAAGGUGGUCACGGCAAACCCUUCUUGGGAACUAAUUCUGAUGAUAAUCCAACAAUUGACCAGAAACCUACCUUUACUGUGGCUUCAAAGAUCUCGCAAAUGGUGUCUCCCUUAAGUAUUUCUUCACCUCUGCCAACUCAACCCGAAUACGAAGAUGUGGUCCUGGAACGGGAUAUUAAGAAGCAGCCCAAAAACAAAGAAAAUCCUUUGAAACUUGCGUUUCCUGCUCAGCUUGAUAAUAAACUGACCUACCAAUUUUAUGACACUGACGAUGUUCUUUUACCACGAAAUCCUACUUGUUUAUCAAUCGCUCCUAACAAUACUGAAAAGGUACUGAACAACUCCUCACCUGGCCAUGGGUUAGAAUCGCAGGUUGAGAGUCUUUCCACUCUCUCUAAUGAUAUAAUUGACUGUUUGGAAGAAAUGAUGUUUGAUACUGGAGAAGAUGAGCAAGAUUGGAAAGAUGAAAUGUAUUUGAUGGAAACAAGAGGCUAUGCGGAGCCUUGGAAAUGGCAAUUCGCCACUCCCAUUCAACGUCAGAUAUUUCCUUUUAUUACACAGAGCUUGUUUUUUGUUCUUAGCAGUCCAAGUCAACUUCUUCAUUCGUUUAACCCGUUUCGAAAACCUAGACUUGGAGAUAGCAACAUUUCGGCUUCUUACAUCGAUACACAGGGCAUGGACGUCCUCUUUCGAAAACUUCAUCGCCUUUGUCCUUGGGAGGUAACAUUAACGAGCCUUUGGGUGUGUUUAGAAAAGCUAUUUGUUCCUUCCAAAGAAUUUUCCAGUUCCUCAAAAGAUCAGAGGCGCUUUGUCUGGCAUUCUUCAACUUUUAGCCAGUCGAAGCAUACCAGCAAUGCCACGCAUUCCCAAAAUCACAUUCCUGACUCUGAUGCUAUAUUCAUUACCGGUGUUACUUUGUUUGCAUUAACUAGCUCCAUUCCUGCAUUAGAGCCUCAUGUAUGGCAAGAAUUUCGUCAGGCGCGCUCGGCGGGUAUUAUUUUACCAGACCGCGAGAUUCGAAAGCAUUCUGAUGCAACCAAAAGUUUACUAACCGAAGCUACAGAUAAAUUUGGGCACGAUCUAGCGCUUCGGUUAAUGUGUCGUCUGGCGCGAGUUAUCUCUGCUCGCCAUGCAAUCUACGAAAUUUCGAAACUCAGGUCGUCUUGUAUUCAAAAUGCAAACAAACCGGAGCAGCUCAGUCCAUUAGAUCUGAUUAUAACAUACAUGACUCCUUGCAUAUCUUCGUCCUAUGAGCCAUUGUUAUCGACUGGACCUUGCAAUGAUGAUCGUCAAAUUACUAUUCCAAUGCUAGCGGUUGAAUGGCUUAAAACCGUACUUUCAAAAGAAUGGGAUGGUGAACCGGAGUUAACGAAGUCCAGCGCUGCUGGAAGUGCGUUGCAGCUCUUGUCAUUCAUGUACGAGAACAAAACCAGGCUAUGCUUGGUGCCAGAAGAUUUUCAUGUUUUAUUUCUUUUUGAUCGAAUGGACCCCCUGGAAAUGCCAAGUCAAUGGCUGGGAUUCACACCUAAUAACCGCACGAUCCAUAUACUAUCAUGUUCGUUCAUGUUUCAUCCAUCAUCAUUGGUGACAUAUUUUCGCUCGCUAAAUCUGUCCACGAUGUCAAAAUCAUUUGGGUCUGCGGCAGCCACUUCACAACACAUCCAUAGAACAGUUAUAAGUGGUCGUGCAAUGAAUGAUGCAGCUUUUGAUUUAGGCGGGAGAAUGAGAGCAUCAAUUUCAAAAUUUCUGGUUCUUGUCAUUCGGCGGGACAAUCUAUUAGUUGACGCUUUUGAUCAACUCUGGAGACGAGAAAAGCAGGAAAUCAUGCGACCGCUUCGGGUUCAAAUGGGACUUGAUUAUGGCGAAGAGGGGGUUGAUCACGGCGGCGUCCAGCAAGAGUUUUUUCGCUUAGCUUUGGCCGAAGUGUUGGAUCCUAAAUAUGGAAUGUUUUCCUUCAAUAGCGAAAACAAUACCUCCUGGUUUCGGGUUUGCUCCUUCGAGAUGCUUUACAAGUUUGAAUUGGUCGGAAUCCUAGUAUCUCUUGCUAUUUAUAAUGGCCUUACUCUGCCACUGAACUUCCCGAUUGCCCUCUACAUGAAGUUACUUGACCAGAAGGUGACUGCACUCGAUCACAUCCGAAAUGGUUGGGAGAGCCUUGCACGAGGACUUGAUCAAAUGCUUCUCUGGAACGAUGGCGAUGUCGGUGAGAUUUUCAUGCGGACUUAUGAGUUUAGUUACGAUCUGUAUGGAAAGGUCGUUUCUGUUGACAUGACGAAGGUGGGACGAAAUGAUCCAUGGCCUCCUACAGAACGAAACGUGACAUGGGAUAUGAUGGAGCCCAAAUCAUAUGCUAACCCACCAGAUAUUACCCAUGGAGAAGCUUCUGGCUCAUCAGAUGUCGAGAUGCUGGCGCUAGACAUACGAGGUGAUCUUCGUUCGGCUAAUCGCCGCGAAGGCCACAUAUCAGGCAUACUUAAAGGCUCUUCAUCCAAACCACGAGAACGAUGCGCGCCCUCACCUCAACCAGAAGAUGCGCCUUUAGUGACAAAUUUCAACAGACAGCAAUUCGUCACAGACUAUAUAUUUUGGCUUACGGAUAAGUCCGUUCGUCCCCAAUACGAAGCUUUCGCGCGUGGCUUUUACACGUGCCUUGACCGGACGGCUCUUUCAGUCUUUAGCCCCGAAGCUCUGAAGCGAGUUAUUGAAGGGUUUCAAGAAAUUAACAUAGAUGAGCUUCAGGAACAUGUUGUAUAUGAGGGGUUCGAUCCGAACCAGAAAUUCAUUAAAGAUUUUUGGGAAAUCGUCCAGGGGUACUCCCAGAAGAAAAAAAGCCUGUUGCUGGAGUUUGUAACUGCCAGUGAUCGGGUGCCAGUCAGCGGGAUAUCUAGUAUUACGUUCAUCAUUACUAGAAAUGGCGAUAACGACGCAUAUUUACCAACAAGCUCUACAUGCUUCGGCAAACUUUACCUACAGGAGUAUUCCAGUCGUGCAGUUUUGGAAGAAAGAUUAGAGAAGGCUCUGGAGAAUACCAAGGGGUUUGGCAGUGCUUAA